AUGGGAACAACUAAAUCGGCGAAGCUAUACCAGUUUAAGGCCCUUCAAUACAAUUCACUCGCUGUGCCAACAACGAAAUCCAGUUAUUUCAGAUCAGUGCGUUCUGCCGAAAAAAGUGAAAAUAAUUCUGUUGCAUUCUGUUUCGAAUUACCUGACCAAGGAAGUGACGAACUAUGGAGUCGUUUCGCAUCCAUGAGUAAAAUCGCCGUACGAUUAGAUCCUGAAACAUCCAACAAAACCUUCCUGACUACUCAUGGAGCCAUCCAAAGUCUCUGCAAACUCCAGAAGCUAAUCGAGUUGUUGCCUGGUUACCGUCAACUUUGUUCCAAAGGUUCCUUAAUUGAUCUCAAUACCACGUGUUGUCCAAUUUGGUCGCUGCCAAAUUUCAUUACAUCUAUUGCCGGCAAAUCCUCCUGUGAACAGCUAACUACAGCCGACAUUGAUUUGGUGAAGCAUCUCUAUACAACAUGCUGGGAUUCAUUUCUAACCGGUUCGCUGAAACUCUCGUGCUGGGAUGAAUCGGCACCCUCUCGGUGGCUUUGUCCAGACGUCCCUUCAGUGUGUUUCACCCACCCCCAUCUUUUGUUACUAUUGGCAAUCACUGGGGCGCCAAAAACUUCCCUUCUUGUUCUCCCAAUUUGGCGAAGUAUUGGCCUACAAAUGUGGCAUCUAGCUGCCUUGGAUAGACCCACAGUUCUAAGUGAGCUUACUAAAAAUCUUACACCUUCGCUUAGAAUUGAGGCUAUCGAACUUGGAGAAUACGGUGAGCUGUCAGCAAGAUAUGUUGCAUGGGACAGCGUUUGGGUGGUAUUGGGAGCAGCCACUUUGGCUAUACUGCUCUCGAUAAUGACCAGGGGUAGUUUUAUAAUUGUCCUUGCAACAUUCCUUGCUCUUGGGUGGUCCCUACUUAUCGGGUAUGGGCUCUAUUCAUUACUUCUACUAAGACAUCAUGACGCUGCGUUCCCCCUUCUAAAUAUGAUGGCUUUGGUCCUGAUUCUUGGACUUGGGGCGGAUGACAUUCUUCUGUUCUAUCAAGUUUGGGUGUCGGUGCACGGUCGAGAGUUGUCAAAUGUCGAUUCUACCUCCUCUGAACACAGUCGGAUGGCGGCAACUUUAAUUCACGCAGUUCCUUCUGUUUGUCUUACUUCAUUUUCAACACUUGGUGGACUGCUAAUGAGUUUAAGUUCCUCGAUUGUGGCCGUCAAACGAUUUGCUCUCUAUUCUAGUUUGACAGUGCUUUGUCAUAUUGUCUACGUCUUAGUUGUCAUGCCAACGCUUCUAUAUCUUCUUGUUCCUCCCCAUCGAAAAUGUUGCUCAUCUUUUCGUCUGCCUUUGCGAUUACCUCUUGUUAAUUUUAUCGUCAAAAUUCGCUUUAUAUUUCCUAUUAUUCUGUCCUCGGUCAUAAUCAUCCCUUCGCUUCUUCUCUUUUACGCCGGAUGGUUAUCGUUUCCUUAUGGUUCGAUGCAACCGGCUUUUUAUCGACCCAAUCAUCCUUCCGAGGUAUAUCGAUUAUAUGGGGGUGAAUUUUCUUGGGCUGAAUCAACUCUAAGGCGUCAUAGAAGUCUUGUAACCCUCCAUGCUGUUUGGGGAGCUGUACCUAAAGAUCCACGAAAUCCAUGGACCUGGGCACCACAAGACGAUGAAAACAUUCUUCUUCAGCCUCUUUGGAGCAAGGACUUUAGUCUCGCGGACCCGAGAUCUAUUGAAUGGUUGUCAAAUUUUUGUUCAAUGUUCAAGAAAUUGCCCAGAAUUUUGACGCCUCCCUCCGUUUCCCUUCGGAAAAGUUAUCUUGAAGAAGAUACGCUGUUACUUUCGUUACAAAAUAGUGGAUGCGUUUUCGGGAGUGGAGUGUUUUCUUUUCAAGACUUUGAGAAGGCUAAUUCAUUUUGCGCACAUGAUAGAAUGCUUUGCUUAGUCGCUUUUGCAGAGGCUUCCAGUAAUCCAACAGGGUUACGAUUCUCCCUUGAUUCUGGUGAAAUUGUAGGACUCGUAAUCUCUUUUACUGCAAAUAUUUCUCUAUCUAAUACAACCUUCUCAGAUUUACACAAAUUUGGACAAGAAGUUGAAACUUGGUUUUCGGAGCUUCUACUUACAGCUCCCCCGGGUUUAAAGUCCGGAUUUCUAGUUAGCCCCGAAUUCACAGCCUUUGAAACGUACGAAGAUGUUCUCAGAUUUCUCCCUAUCUCUGUGGGAUUUUCAAUAGCUCUAGCAGCUCUUUUAGUUUUCUUGUCAACUAUGAGCCUUGCACUAUCUUUGACAGCUUUGAUGUCUGUUAUUUCCUCCCUUCUACUCUCUUGCCUACUGUUAGUCAUUCUUGGUGGGUGGAAUUUGGGAAUAGUCGAGGCGUUGAUUCUUAGUCUAUCAGCAGGUUUGGCCGUGGAUCCUUGUAUUCACCUUGCGUUUGCGAUGAUGAAAUUAAAAUCAGGAGGUUCAUCAUGGAAAGUUAGAUCAAGUGAAGCCUUGCAAAUGGUUGGAUGUGCGGUUACUGGAGCAGCUUUAAGUACGGCCCUUGCAGGAUCAGCCGUGCUUCCAAGUCAAUUGAAAUGUUACCAACAAAUGGGUCUUUUUCUUCUUAUUCUCAUGAACUCAGCCUUACUCCUUUGUGGAGUUGGCUUUGUGGGUUCUGCUGCUUGUCUUCCAGAUCGAUUCAUGCCUAAGUGUUGGAAUAGGAGUCCUCGUCAGAGGCAGGAGUGA